CUAGUCGCGUACCAUCUCCAAUAAGCUGACACACAUCACAUACAUAUACAAAGAUAGCACGGAUUGGAUUUGGAUUUGCAGCCAUCAGUGUUAAACAAACCGAGCGAUCGCCUUUCAGCCCAUGUAAGAUAGCGCCUGAACUGGAACCCACCCGCCGGAGCAUCGCUGGAGCAGGAGCAGCAGCAGCACAGAGCAGUACAUCCGAUUAGUUUCGCAACCCGCACCGCAGCCCGCAGAUCUACUCCGCCGUAAAAUGGUCAAGCUGUUCGCACUCAGCAUCUUUCACAAGGGCGCCACCGAGGCGCGCCUGUUGAAGACGACGUCCGACCUGCAGUCCUUUUCCUUUUUCCAACGUGGCACUGUCAACGAGUUCAUGACCUUUGCCUCCAAGACGAUUGUGGAGCGUACUCAGCCGACGCAGCGGCAGUUGGUGAAACAGGAUGCCUACAUCUGCUAUGUCUAUGUGCGUGCCGACAACCUUUCGGGCGUCCUGAUAGCCGACCAUGAGUAUCCCCAGCGGGUGGCGCAUACGCUGCUGACCAAGAUACUGGACGACUUCGCGGCCAAGGUGCCGGCCGACCAAUGGCCCCAGGGUACGGAGGCCACCAUCGCGUUCGACUUGCUGCCGGCGUUCCUGGCCCGCUACCAGAAUCCAGUUGAGGCCGAUCCGCUCACAAAAAUGCAAAACGAUCUGGACGAAACAAAAAUCAUCCUGAAGAACACCAUCGAGGCGGUGCUGGACAGGGGCGAGAAGCUGGACGACAUGGUUGACAAGUCGGAGAAGCUUUCGCUGCAGAGCAAGGCCUUCUAUAAGACGGCGAAAAAGACUAACUCGUGCUGCAGCUUCACCUAGGCGGCCGGGUCAGGUCAAUUGUCCCGUGUAUCUAUCUCAUUCCCCACAUCUCGCGCCUAGGAAACAGGAAAACACCAUAUGAUUCAAAUCAAAGACACCAACUGCAACUGCAACUGCAACAACUAAUAACGGAAACAGCCAAGCGACUUGGAGCGAAAGGGAGCUGCAAGGCAAGGCGCUCGAUUGGAGUUUCGAUUGCUUUUAUAAAUCAAUUAGUUAAUUUUAUAUCUAUAUACCAUAUAUAUAUAUAUAUGUAUAUCUUGUAUGUGUAUCGUACUGACUGAGCGAUUAGGCGACGCCAACCAAGUCCCCGUCCCAAUGCUCCCCAGUGUGUUAAAUUGUCUGUCCUGUCUAAGCUUUGGAUACUAGGGUAUCCUAGAUAUUUCGAUGUUAAUUAUACCAAUACAAAAUCUACGUUCUAAACAUAUUUGCUAAAGCUGUGUUCUGUGUUCCGAUGUUUGUCGAAUUUACCGCACCCAUACCCCUGUCUCUGCCUCUGUCUGCUCGGAGAAGGCGCGGUGUCUCAAAUACUCAUCUUUUAUUACACCUCGAGUGCGUGGCCACCGCUCCUUCUCCGAGGGAUCUCCCUAGUUGGUCCACUUUGGCUAAGAAACUGGAAUUGCAUGUGUGUGCGACUCAAUAAAGUAGAAAGUAUUAUGGGAAA